AUGUCCGUGAUCCCGGCAGCGCUUCGCGUUGAAAUUCCGCCUGCUGUACCACUUUGCGACCAACCUUCGGUUGAAGCCAAAUGCCCCUUUUUUCCGAAAGGGAAGGCCAUCGUGGAUGCACAAGGCAAGCCGACACAUCCGGUCUUCGUGCCGGUUCGGGUCACUUCACGAACACCUUUGCUGGAGACGGACUAUAAUAUGCACAAGUCCAACAGCACGUAUUUCACCGACCUGGAUGUGUCUCGUACGGCACUGGUGAGCCGCCUAUAUAGCCCCGGCGUUGGCCUUGUCAGUAAAGAGCUGGACAAGGAAUUUCUCGCUGCGGCGCAGAAAGAAGGGAAGCGUGCUCCCAAGAAAAAGCCUAUCAUUAUUGUGCUCGGCUCCGUCUACUGCAGCUUCAAGCGCGAAAUCAAGCCCUUUGAGCUGUACGAAAUGCACUCCAAGGUGAUUUCCUGGGAUAAGAAGUGGAUGUAUAUCCUCACGUGUUUCAUGCGCCCUGCCAGCCGUGCUGGUGGUGAGAAGACACUAUUGGCAACUGCCCUGAGCAAGUAUGUCGUGAAGAAGGGCCGGCUGACCAUUGCACCGGAACGGAUUCUCCGCCUCGGAGGAUUCCUCCCCACGCCACCGACAGAGAGUGAGACAAAGGAUGCUCCGAUUGACUCGUCCGCCGAUAUUUCCGCAAUCGGGACACCUGCUAGCGGCGAGGGCAUUACAGCUACCGGUGGUGUGGAUGGAUCUCUGGUGCGCGAGGUGCUCAAGAUGAACGAUGAUCAAAUUCCCGACCGCCAGGAUCUUGAUGAGCAGAAAAAUGCCAACUCCGACACAUGGAGCCCCGAAGAAUGGCCCUGGGAGCGCAUUGAACAAGAGAGACUGCGGGGACUGGGUGUCGUGGACGGAUAUAUCAACCUGGAUGAUCGAUUGCACCAGGAGUGGAUGUAA